GGCACUGACUGGGCCAACCAACGCUCCCCAGAAUGAAUAACGUGUUUCAGGAAGAAGUUGGCGCCUGAGGCCCCGUAUGCGGUUAGCUAGCCCGCUAACCGAAAGUAUGAAAGCGUUUUCACUGUAAUGCUUUUACCUUCUCGUCAUUAUUAAAUAAUUCCACAAUGAACGACAUGGAAUUCAGCGUCCCCCUGUCCUCGCUGGCACUCCUGGUCCCACCACUAAGGCUGAUGUCGGCAGUGAUGUGGGAAGUGGUACGCCAGCGAAACAUAAAGCACUAUGGGAAACUGGAGGAGUUUGUGUCUAUGGUAACAGAUGCAGUGCCUGAACUGAUGAGCAAAAGAGAAGGGAGGCUGCUCUCACUGGGGCUGAGAGCAAGGACAACUCUUGAACUGUUGCGUUCUGAACACCCUGAAGAUCUCAAGGCUGUUGAGACCCACCUCAACCGAAUCCGAUCUUGCAUUGAGGAGACAAAUGAUCCCGUGAUUGAAGCACCAGAGGCAAACUUUAUGAAGCUGGUGCAAGGCCUCAUUGAAGACACAGACGGCAGAGAACACUUCCUCAAGAAUGUGUUUCCGGUGGAGUAUGGCCCGGACUUCGACACAGCACUGGAGACGCUGGUUUGUGAAUUCUUCACCAGACUGGAGGAGCUGCUGCCAAUACCAGAUUUCAAACAGACUGCAUCCUGGAUCAGUGCUGCCCCCUCUGUCCUAGAGGAGUACAUGCAGUGUGUCUCAAACGGAGAUGACCUUAAAUUUCUUCUUCAAAGCAAACAGUGCCACGGGAAAUUGGCUAAGAGUAGUGUUGCUCCAUUUCACUCAGACGAUCUUCUCAUUCCCUCUCUGUGUCUCCCUCCAUCGCUGGAAGUGGCCAUCGCGUCCCACCCGAGUGCUUGUGAUGAAAAUAAUGACGUUCCUCAGAUUGUCAUGUUCGACGAAGAGCUGUCUACAAACCCUUCCACCUCAACCGACUUUCCUGAAUCACCAAAAAGGACAGACAUCUCGUCAUCUCCUCGCAGGAGGCAGCAGUCAGGGGUGCAUAAAUGCCCGGAGUGUGACAAAUGUUUCAAGCAUCACUCUGUCCUCAUCGAACACCAGAGAGUCCACAGUGGGCUGCUGCCUUACAACUGCUCUGAGUGUGGGAGGGCUUUCAGAACAGCCACUCUGCUGGCCGGUCACAGGCUACGGAAAUGCAAAAAUGCUGCAUAUCUGUGCAUUAAAUGUGGGAACAGUUUUCCAACCUCACUGGACAAAUUUAGACACCACUGCCCAAAACGGGGCCGUAACUAUGAUUGUGGGCACUGUGGAAAGAGUUUUCAAAAGUCCAGUAGCUUAAAGGAACACCUGCUAACUCAUGUCCAAAGCCGCCUUUUCAAGUGCAGUCAUUGUGGGGUAGGUUUUUCAGGAAUUGGUGACCUGAAGUAUCAUCAGCAGGUAGAUCAUGAUAAGCCUCAUCAGUGUAAGCAAUGUGGAAAGAGCUUCAUCUCCUCCAAGUGUCUGGCCAAACAUCAACAACGGCACGAAGAGGUCGGUGAAAUGGAGUCUGCCAAAGUAAUGAGUGGAGGUAAACACAGGAAGAGUGGCUCCGCUCAUCGGACGUCCUCGACAUCGUUGUCCUCCAGGAAAACAUCUGUCAAAAGUCUCUACCCACGAGGACGCGUCACACACAACUGUCCACUGUGUGGUAGGAGCUUUAAGUAUCGGUUUGAAUUCCUUGAACACCAGCGGUUCCACACUGCGGUGAAGCCUUACAAAUGCUCCCAGUGUGGUAAAGCGUUCCGCACAGAAGCUCACCUGUCCGGCCACAGGAAGAGAAAGUGUAAAAACGCUGCACACAUUUGCACCAAGUGUGGGUGUCAGUUCAGGUCUCUACAUGAGCGGGUCAGGCAUCAGUGUGUCCAGCUGCUGACAAAAUAUGAGUGUUCUCAUUGUGGAAAGACCUUCAAGAUGGCCCACCUGCUAAGGAACCAUCAAAUGAGUGACCACCAGCUCCCAUACAGCCCCAACCAUCGCUUCAGGUGCAGAUACUGUGAUGAGACUUUCCCUGGCAUCAGCGAACUGAAGUACCAUCAGAGAGUUGACCAUGAGAAACCUUAUCAGUGUCAGGAAUGUGGCAAGUGUUUCCUGUCUGAAAAAUGCCUGGCCAAUCACGAGCUGCGACACAACGAUGACCGACCAGAGAGCUGUCUCGUCUGUGGCCGCGGCUUCAGGAACCGCUACGACUUGAAGCAGCACAUGCGCACUCACACAGGAGAACGACCUUACCAGUGCACUCACUGUUCACAGUGUUUCUCCACAGCAGGAGGACUGAGGAGUCACACCAGGGUUCACACCGGCGAGAAGCCGCAUGUUUGCCCAGAUUGCGGCAAGGCUUUCUCCCAGAUGGGCGCCAUGCGCACCCACAGGCUCACCCACACAGGAGAAAGGCCAUUCAAGUGCACAGUGUGUGGAAAAGGUUUUACAAUGGCACACAAGGUAACUGUUCACAUGCGUGUGCACACAGGAGAGCGGCCAUACGUGUGCACUCAGUGUGGGAAAGCCUUCUCAGAUGGAAGUGUGCUGAAGCAGCACAUGCUGAACCACUCAGGGGUGAGACCGUACCACUGCCAAAUCUGUCCCAAGACCUACACCUGUCUGAACCACCUGAGGAGGCACCUGAAAAGCCACUCCAACAUGAACUGAGUCAGGCUUGAAGGCAAACUGGAGCAGAAUCUUGAAUAACAUUUUACACAUAUACUGAGACACUGCGUUUAGCAGAAUAGUUACUAAAAUUGCAAUGGGCCAAUUAAAACAAGCAAUAUGUGAAGGAAUAUAGGAUGAUGUUGUACAGUAGCUGUUGAAAUUGAGGUAAAAGUUCAAUUUCCUCUUGACUAUAAAGUAAAUGUAGUCACAUUAGCAGUUUGUCAAGGAAUAUGUGUACAUUUAAAGGAAUGGUUUGACAUUUUGGGAAUUGAUACCACUCUAAUUUCUGCCUGUGAAUAAGCAGGAACGAGGAGACGGUUAGCUUAGCACAAAGACUGGAAGCUGACCUAGCCUAGUGCCAGGCCUGGUACAAAUAUAACAAGUUGUUUUUACACUAUAGCUUUUGUAUGGAUUAAACAAAACAUGUUAAUUAUUGAUCUUAAGAGGUGCUAGUAGGUGUAUUUUUUCUUUUUUUUUGCUUCAAGUCUUUACAUUAAGCUAAGCUAAUUGGUUGUUGGCUGCAGCUUCAUGUUAAACAGACUGAAAUGAAACCUGUAAUAAACCUUCUCAUUUAAUUCUCAGCAAGAAACUGAAUUGCACAAAAUGUGUAACCAUUCCUUUAACAUCUCCACACGCAAAUAGUCCAUUCUUUUCUCAUUUCCUCAUUUCUGACCUGUCUAUUCCUUGAGCUUUUUUUUCUUCCAGCUUUUCAGUUUCUUAUGCAUGAAUAUGUUUGGAUGUUAUUCUGAAUAUUAUUUGGGUAAGACAACGAUGUUCAGAAGCGGUAAUAUUUGUGAAAAUAUAUUUUUGGAAAGGCCUCAAAACGAAUAGACUCUCUGUAAAUAUGCUGAAAGACAAAUAUUGUGAGAGUGCAAAGUUAAAAUUAUGACUGUUUAUUUCAACAUUAUUCCUCUAGGCCUUUUCUAUGCCCCACUAGGGAUUGUAAAGUUUCUGAAUUUCCAAUUAAAUUACCUUCGUUAUA